AUGAUUCCAAGACUCGAAGACUUCUUCAAUGUUACGGUAGAGGAUGGGCCACCACCACUCUGGCCGACAAGAACGCACAAAAGACUGGCAUGUAUUGGCCUCGUGGUUGGCGCAAUCACCGCAUCGAUUCUCACCGUUUGCAUUGGAGCCACCAUCUGGGUCGAGAUGAAAAAUGAUUAA